UGAUAUGACAUGAAGUGUCUCUCCUCCUGUCUUGGACCUGGCAAGUCGUACAGGAUAAACGGCAAGAAGUUUACCGAAGUAAAAACUAUCGGGGAAGGCGGUUACGCGUUUGUCGUAGAAGUAAGAGACCGCUCCAACCAACGCUAUGCAUUGAAAUGUGUGAGGUUGCAGUGCAGGGAACAGGAAGAAGCGAUCGAACGCGAGGUGUCCGCGUACAAGAAGGUCACCAGCAGUCACGUUAUGGAGCUAUUGGAUCACUGCUAUGUGAUCAAGGCCGGACAAGACAAGAUGGCUUACCUCCUCUUUCCUCUUAUGAAGAAAGGAAGUGUUCAAGACAUUCUAACGAGGAACUUCACAACUAAGGGACACGUGACAGAGAAACAGAUCCUGGAUUGGACAGUGCAGCUGUGUAAAGCUGCUGCUUCCUUCCACAACAGGGGACUUGCUCACAGGGACAUCAAGCCAGGAAACAUGAUGCUGACAGACAGUGACCUGGUGUUGUUAGCUGAUUUGGGCAGUGUAUCUGAGGCUCAGGUCACUAUCUCCAGCAGAAAGGAGGCGGUUGCUCUCCAGGAACUUGCUGCUGUUAACUCCACCUCCUCCUACCGGGCUCCUGAACUCUUUGAGGUGCCCUCGGAUUGCACUAUUACAGAGGCUGUGGAUAUUUGGAGUGUCGGUUGUACAAUGUUCGCUGUCGCUUUUGGCGAGAGUCCAUUUGACGGCAGCGCCACUGCAGCAGUGAGUGGCAGAAUACGAGUACCAAAAGAACAUAUCUACUCGAACAAAUUCAUAGAGUUAAUAAAGUCCUGUUUGGUCGUGGAGCCUUCUGAAAGACCAUCUACUGAUCAACUGAUCGAGAAUAUCACCAAUAUAUUCUCUAACAGAUAAUAAUGUACAAAUGUUGCUUCUU